UACUAGGGGAGCUUUCCAGCUAGUCAACACAAUUAAACACAGUGUCAAACACUAGAACACUGUGUAAAGCUGUUUGUUGGAACGCUAUUUAAUUUUCAAUAUCACCAGUAGAUAGCGCUUUAAACGUUAAAUAUAAUAUGUUUCCUUUCAUAGUUUUUAUAAAAUUAAAAACUUAUGUGACAUGUACCUAUUUGCUCGAAAAAAUUGUGUAUUAAUAAUAUUUAAUUAAUAUUAAUUAUAAAAAUGAACAACGACAAAAGAUUAAUUUUGCAAUUAAUGGAAGGAGUCAAUUAUUCAAUUUGCACCGAUUCCUCAAGUACCACAUUGGAUGAAUUAAAUAGUAGCAGUAGUAGUAGUACAGAUAAUAUUAUCAAUUCAUCAAGUGAUGAUGAUGAUUUGUUAUUGUUUCCGCUAAUGAAAUUUUUGACGAGUGGUAAAAAAAGACAACGUAUUGAAAAUUAUCUUGAAAUUAUAGACUCUUUGUCGGAUCAAGAAUUUAAAGAACACUUAAGAAUAAAUCGACGUACUGCAUUAACGUUAAUUGAUGAAUUGGAAUUAUCGGGUUACAUUCCAUCCCAUUCUUUUGGAAUACGACCACUUUCUGCAAAAUUGAGUUUUAUUUUAUUUUUAUGGUAUAUUGCAAAUACAGAACCUUUGCGAACUUUAUCGGAUAGAUUUGAUAUUUCAAUUUCAUCUGUAUUCCGAGUUUUGCGACGAAUUACAAAGUGGUUUCUGAGUAAAUUAGAUACGAUUAUUAAAUGGCCACAAGAACAAAAUGUUAAAAUUGUAUGUGACAAAUUUUUUAUCAAACAAGGAGUACCAAAUGUUUUAGGGGCAAUUGACGGCACUCACAUUAGAAUAGAAAAACCGUCAAUUAAUGCACGUGAUUAUAUAAAUCGAAAAAAAUAUUUUUCAAUCUGCUUACAAGCUGUUGUAGAUUCUGAUAUGCGAAUUACAAAUAUAUAUUGUGGCGAACCUGGUUCUCUUCAUGAUUCACGUGUUCUUAGAAGAUCUCCUUUAUAUGAAGCAGCAUCUGUUAAUCAAGCAAUGUUAUUUCCUAAUCAAACAUUUAUAUUAGGUGAUUCGGCAUAUCCCUCUUUACCAUGGCUUGUUUCACCGUAUAAAGAUAACGGUCAUUUAUCUCCUCAACAAGUAGAAUUUAAUUACAUGAUUUCGUCAACACGGAUUUCAGUUGAGAGAGCAUUUGGUCAAUUAAAAGGGCGUUUUAGACGUAUUAAAUUUUUUAAUGAAUACCGUACAUUACCUUUUAUUAUUAAUACAGUAGUAGCAGCUUGUAUUUUACACAAUUAUUGCAUCAAUGAAAAUGAUACAUAUGAUUUUCCUGAAUAUUAUGAUGAAAAUAUAAAUAACAUUUUAAAUAAUAAUGGAAUAAUUGAAGAAAAUAUUCCAGGAGAUCGUAGAACUCAAUUAUUCAAUGAAAUUUUUCCUUGUUAAGAAAAAUAUAAGACUUACAUGUACAAAAUAUUUUACUUUUAAUAAAAUAAAAUGACUUAUAUGAAU